AUGACAAUACAAAAUAGCUACGAAGCUAUAGAUCUUAUUGCCAGAUCUCCUAACAGUCUCGUGUAUACUGGCAGAUGUAAGAGAGGAAUACCAGUAAUACUCAAGCAAAUACCAAAAAAGACGAUAACGAAGUAUUACGAUUACGGGAGAAGAAGAUGCCCACAGGAGAUUUACUUCCAACUACUUGCGUCGAAAAUAUCCUCCUUCGUCGUGACUCCCUUAGACUGGAUUGAGAAGGACGACUCCUACGUGUUAGUGAUGGAAAACCCCAGCGAUGUCGUGAAUUUACGACAAUUCGCCACUGGAUUUCCAGGAGGCUGCUUACCAGAAGAUUUAGCCCGAAGCAUAUUUUGUCAGCUUACGGAGUGCCUGCGUGAGCUACACGACAACGGGAUCAUCCAUCGCGAUAUCAAACCCGACAACAUUCUCAUCUCGAAAAACUCCUUCGACAUCAAACUCAUCGACUUCGGCUGCGCAACCUUCUCGCACUUAGCCGAUCAAAAUGUCGCCGGUACUCUGGACUUCUUCCCGCCCGAAUGUUUCACUUUCAAUGAAUUUGACAGUGAGAAAAUGCUUGUGUGGUCUAUGGGCGCGCUACUGUACUUUCUGCUCUGUGGUGAAUUUGAGGUCAACAUGGGUCAGCACAGGCGAAAUUUCAGAAGAGAGAUAAAACUGACGAAUACGAGUCGAGAAAUGUUAGACAGGCUGCUGUGCUACUUCCCGACAAAGAGGAUUUCUCUGGACGGUCUCUAUAAAUCAUCUUGGCUCAACGACAACCCAUCUAUAUAA